GGUAGCGGUUAAAAAGAGUAAAGAAACAGGCGGCUGAUCUUUCUUGAUUUAACUAGUAGCUUUGAUAACACGCGCCCUACAAAUCCAUUUACUAUAUGAACAAAAUUGGCCCUUUGUCAAACCUAAGUUCAUCCAAAUCUCAAUCCCUAAAGUGACUCAAUAUCGUUCACCACAACCAAGAAUCCUCCAAAAACCUUUUUGAUUUAUAUCAAGAAAAUCCAAGUUGUUAGCUUUUCAACCAAAAAAAGCAAACCAUUUUCCCUCUUUUCCUUUUUGUGAAAGAAGAAGUUGGUUGGAGUGAGAUGCUGCACUUGUUCUUUGCAGUGGCGUUUUCUGCAGUUCCUUUGACUCUGUAUAUACCUCCCAUGAGAAGCUUGAAUCUUUUUGUGGAAACUAUGGAAAAUCUUUGUAGGGAAUCAGGUGUUUAUACAGGAAGGAUGUACCCAAGGCUACGACAUGCUUGGGCUAGGUUCUUGAAUUGUAUGCUUUGUGUUACUACAAGGUAGAUUAUUCAAGAUUCAUCCAUCAAAGUUUUAGCCUUUUUUCGCUUGGUAAAUAAUAUGUUUUUGGUUAAGAGUCUUUUUUUUUUUAUUUUCAACUUGUACCUAGAAUAACUCUGGGUUUGUGGAUUAUUUGGUGGUUCUCUGCAAGACUCUCUGUUUCAGAGAUUUGAUGGUUCAUGUUAAAUCAAGUGCAUUAAUAAAAGGGUUAUUGUAGGUUGCAA